AGCUAGAAACGACAUCGUUUUUCACUCGGCCAUCCUUUUUCAGUUCAACCUAGCACUGCUCUUUCUUCAGCGCCGAUCACAAACCAUCGACUCCACCUUCUGCACUUGCGACUCCUUUGUCAAAUUUCGAUUCUGUGACACAGAGCUACAGAUUAGGAACUAAGCAUGGGGGAGGAGAAUGAAGACAUCAAAACAUUCAAGGAUUUGGGCUUAUCUGAGCCAUUGGUGGAAGCUUGUGAAAAGUUGGGUUGGAAAAAUCCGUUAAAGAUACAGAAAGAAGCCAUUCCUCUUGCGCUGGAAGGAAAAGAUGUGAUAGGACUUGCUCAAACUGGUUCUGGUAAGACUGGAGCUUUUGCUCUUCCCAUAUUGCAUGCCCUCUUAGAAGCUCCACGCCCAAAAGAUUUCUUUGCUUGUGUCUUGUCACCCACAAGAGAACUUGCUAUUCAAAUUGCUGAGCAGUUUGAAGCUCUAGGUUCUGAAAUUGGUGUCAAGUGUGCUGUGCUUGUUGGAGGAAUUGACAUGGUACAACAAUCUAUCAAGAUAGCAAAGCAACCUCAUAUUAUUGUCGGGACACCUGGACGUGUUUUGGACCACUUAAAAAACACGAAAGGAUUUUCUCUAAGUAGAUUAAAAUACUUGGUGUUAGAUGAGGCAGAUAGGUUGUUGAAUGAGGACUUCGAAGAAUCACUGAAUGAGAUUUUACAAAUGAUUCCUCAUGAGCGGAGGACAUUUCUGUUUUCUGCUACGAUGACUAAGAAGGUCCAGAAGCUUCAGAGGGUUUGUUUAAGAAAUCCUGUGAAGAUUGAAGCAGCAUCUAAGUAUUCGACUGUUGACACACUGAAGCAGCAGUAUCGCUUCUUGCCUGCCAAACACAAGGAUUGCUACCUUGUCUACAUUCUCACUGAAAUGGCUGGAAGUACGUCAAUGGUGUUCACUCGUACUUGUGAUGCAACUCGGCUUCUAGCUUUGAUCCUUAGGAAUCUUGGUUUAAAAGCCAUCCCAAUUAAUGGUCAUAUGAGCCAGUCAAAGAGGCUUGGAGCCUUGAAUAAGUUUAAAUCUGGGGAGUGCAAUAUUCUCCUUUGCACUGACGUAGCCAGUAGAGGACUGGAUAUUCCAACUGUAGAUGUGGUGAUUAACUAUGACAUUCCCACGAACUCCAAAGAUUAUAUACAUCGUGUGGGAAGGACUGCUCGUGCGGGGCGCUCUGGGGUUGCCAUUUCUCUUGUGAAUCAAUAUGAGCUGGAGUGGUACAUUCAAAUAGAGAAGCUCAUAGGUAAGAAGCUACCAGAUUAUCCUGCACAAGAAGAGGAAGUUCUGCUUUUGGAAGAGCGUGUUGGUGAGGCCAAAAGAUUAGCCUUAUCGAAAAUGAAGGAGACUGGAGGGAAGAAGAAACGGAGGGGCGAAGGAGAUUUUGAAGAGGAGGAUGUGGACAAGUACUUAGGUCUCAAGAAUGGAAAAUCAUCUAAGAAGUUUAGGAGAAGAUGAGAUCAAUGCAGUUGAGUUAGUCAUCCUUUGUAAUAUGCAGUCAAAAUUUGACAAAGAUAAAUUUUGGGCAAUUUGAAUCAAAAUAUUUUUCCCUGUCUAUUGAACAUCAUAAAUCA